AACAUGAACACUCCAACAAGCAAGAAGCCGAUGUCAGCUAACAGCUUUGAGCUCUUCAAGAAGCAGGCACAAGAGAGAGUGGAGAGGGAGAAGGCUAUGAAGCAACAGGAGGAUUAUCGCAAGGUUAUGAAGGAGAAGGAGGAGAGGGAGAGGAUACGCAUGGAGAAUGAACGCAAGAGGGAACAGGAAGAAGAGGAUGCGUUGGAGAAGGCUCGCCUGGCUACACUGCAGACUGACAUGCAGGCACAGAAGGAGGCAGAGAAAAACCGGGCCGAGAGGGAGAAGGAACGCCGGAAAGAGCAGGAGAGGAGGAGACGACAAGCGAUGUCCACCAAAUUGAUAUGAACGAGCAGAGUGCUC